AUGCCCUCCGCAACGCCUCCGAAGUCGGACAAAGUAAAGAAAAGACCCAAAGUCAGAGGAUGUUACCAGUGCUCUCGUCGACGCAUAGACUGUGAUCGGAGAGAGCCAACAUGUGGCAAAUGUUCUGCCAAAGGCAUCAAGUGCAGUGGAUUAGGUCUACGAUAUCGAUUCAAUGAUGGCAUUGCCGCCCGUGGAAAGUUUGUUGGCAAAUCAUUGCCUGUUGUUGAUGGGUUAGAGAUCAAGUCUACAGACACGACCUCGGUCUCAAAUUGUAAAAGACGCAACGAUCCCUUUCGCGCAAGUGGCUAUGAGUCUCUCGAGCAACUCUCUGUUGAAGUCGAUACGACAACUGAGGAAGAACAUGGGAUACAAGAAUUGGUUGUGUCGAAUCACGCACCAGUAUCUAUCGACUGGGGCUUAGAUCACGUUGAUCCAAAGUCCAGGUUCUGUCUUGGCUACUUCUCGAAUAACAUCGCCCAACUCAUCGCAGUCAUAAACAUGGGCUUCAACGGAUAUCGUGAUCUCGUACUACCAAGAGCAGAAACAGACCCUCUAGUCCGAAAAGCAGUUCUUCUUGUUGUCGAACAGCAUCUCUCUCUACAAAAUGGCACCGCAAUAUCACUAGAUCCAGCGGCUUAUGGAUCUCUUGUCCGAGAACUUAUCAUGCGGUCUCAUCAGUGUGCACCUCAAGACGAUGAUUCUGCACUCACUGCGUUGCUUCUGCUGCAUAUUCGGGAGAUGAUCAGUGGAAGCGACAACUUCAGACUUAUCUAUGGUUCGCUGCGGGUGGUAGUUAACGCACUUGCGAAGAAUGCGGGCGAAGGAACCUCUGACCUCAGGAGGUUUCUACAGAUGCAGAUACUAAGGUAUGGAUAA